GGGCCUCGCGGAGCGGUGUCCCGGGGUGUCCCCGGCCCGUGAUGCCUUGAUGCCUGCCCGCCUUCGAAAGGCCUUCGGUGGUGCCGGCCCUGGGGCGCUGCGGGCAGCCGAGACUGGCGACGGGUGUGCCCGGGUGCCUUUGUUAGGCCUUCAGCAAGUUUACAUGGUUGCUUUUCUUCCCUAAGGCAUCUGCGUGCUGUGCCAGCGCUGCAGGCCGGAGCUGCGGCAGAGACCUCGAAGGAUGCUGAGCUGCGGCUUGUCAUGUCAGUGGACAUGAAACUGGUCUGGCCCCAGCACUGAUUGCUGGGGAACAUCACUUAAGACCAGCUACCAGCUGGAUAUAACUCCAUUCAGCACCACUCUCUCGGGAUCCAUCCAUCCAUCCAGUUUUUCAUGCAGUGAACAGUGCACCCAUCCAAGCCAUCAGCAGCCAGUUCCUCCAGGAGAAUGUUGUGAGAAAUGCUGUCCCAAAGCUUUACUAACGUGCAGGCAGACAGCAUCCGCAGCCUUUGCCUCAUACACUGGUCAGAGAAGGAGAUCAGAGCAAACUGAAACAUGACUGAUACAGAUGAGUCCCAGGCUUCAGGCUCUGAUUACCCUGAUGCCCAGGAGCUGAUCAGCCACCAGCAGGAGGAGCCAUUCGAGGUGUGCUCAUGGCAAAGGAAUACAGGAACAGAGCGGUCGAGGCAGAAGGCAGCUGCUCCUCAGGAGUCUGCAGAUCAUCCCAACAGCAUGUCUAGAUCAUCAGCUGCUUCAGCUGAGGUUUUACUGAUCAGCAGUGAUUCAGAAAGUGAUGUCUCUGCUGCUCGUCCUGAGUGCUCCGUUGCACCUACAAAGCAGAAAAGGCGAUCUCAAUCUUCAUGGCAACAAGCUGAAUCUGGUACAGAGGUACCUGACAACGAAAGCUCCUCAGAUUCUUCCCUGUCUCCCCAAAGUCCAGGGAAAUCAUUAGAAGUUCCCAAGCAGCAGAAGUCUAAAUUCAAUUUGAAGGCCAUUUUUGCCUAUCACUUCAGGGGAAGGAAGUUCAAAGCCGCCGCACACCGAAAAUACAAAAUACAGGCACGGAAGAGCAAGAAAAAGUAUGAGAGCACCCAGAUGCCCACAGGGAGGCCCCCACUGACAGCCUCACCUCAGGAACAAAAGAGGAGGCUCCUAGACAGAGGUUUUCAAUUCCCUUUUGUUGAAAAACAUUAUGGGGAGAAACAUAUUCCCUUAAAGAUGGUUCUUGACUAUGAGCAAGCAGCUGCAAAGGGAUAUUUCAAGUAUAUUGAAGUGCUUAAAUAUGAAGAACAUCUUAAAAAAGCUUUAAAAGCCCUUCAGGCCAGUGAUGACUUAGAAAAAGAGUGUAUGGUGUUACGGAAGCACAAGUACUUAGAUGAUGAAGGCCCCAUUUCCCCUAUUAAGGAGACAGAUGAUGAUGAGGACAGCUUGAAUUCGGAUACUCAGGAACACCUUGAUGCUAGAGUAGUGGAGAACAGCUCUUUCAUUCUAAGCAGCACAAUUCCCAAAAAAAAAAAGUCAAAGCCACGAAGAAAACAUGCCAAACCACCUGAAGUGAUUGAAAUAAUGGAUGAAGAAGAGGGUGCUGAAGAGAACUCUGUGCCUCUGCAAGGCUCACCUUGGUGAACAGCAGAUGGACCAGUGAGGUGGCAGGGGUUGUUCCUCAGAUACCUUUUCAUGGGCCUGUUAGGUUUAAAGCAUUGGUUUGGAGUCACUGUUCAUCUCUCCACCCAGCUGCCCAGGCACACUUGGCUUACUUUUAUAUUGUUUUGGAAGAGGAAGUACCUCUUGGUUUUCUUGCUGCAUAAGAUGAGCACACUCACAUUGCAGCAGCAGUUGUAACUUCUUGGGGAUCUCCUGAGUUCUUAUGGCUGUUCGCUGACCUGAUUCACAAAUCCUUCACUUCGGUGGACAUGUGUGCAGCAUGGUAGCAAAAGAGGGCAUUCCUGUGAUGUGUGGAACAUAUUGGAAAGCCUCUACUCAGAUGAAGUGCACCUGAUGUCAGGUCUGAACUAGCAUCUUGGUACUUAGGGAAAGUGAAGAAGAAAGAAAUGCAGGCUGCCAUUUCACAAAGUCUGCAGCUGCUUCAAGGCUGCACGGCAGUUCUGUGGAGAGUACCUCUUACUGCCUGGCACCCUCUGGUGCAUGCAAGAAGCUCAAAUGUAGAAUGAACUGUGGUGGUUAAAGCUCUGUGCACCAAGCAGCCUCCUCCUGGUGGGCAGAUGGUCAAAAAGCAGUGCAGCAUUUGGCGUCCUUGGUUUCCAGUCUGCUGUGCCUGCUAAACCAGGUGCUUGAGGAUACAGAAUGAAGUGAAUUGAAUUGCCCUCAGUUAAAAUGAUGGAAGCAAUUAUUUUGACAGGUAAGCACUCAGUUAUUAGUUUCAUAUGAUUUUACAUGGUGUAUUAGCUUUGUAUGACUGAACAUGGGAACUACUAAGCUGUUGUAGAACUAAGUGUGGAAUGGUUGUGAGUACCAGAGAUUACUGGGUAGUGAUCACUGCAGAUCUUGGCAGUAUCUGAGGAGAUCACUCAUCUGUGAGUCAUUCAUCUGUGUUUAUUGAUACUUCAAAAUGUUUCAGCAGUUGUGCAGCCAUUUGUAGUACAGGUGUCCGACUUAACUCUGCUGUUGGUUGUGAGGAAUUCCUCAGUACUUGAAGUUUGUGCCAUACUUGAGGCUUGUUCACAACUUGGGUUGUGUAUUGGCAGGAUUGAUUGGUCCUUCACUGGAAAAGAUGGGGGCAGCUGGGCUAUUCACUGAAGUUGUGUAAGAGCAGUGGGAGGAGUAUCUGGUCAUUACCAAGGCUGCUGGGAUGUUACUGUUUCUGGUGAGCUGUGGACAUGACCAUAAAGCAAAUCCACCAGACUCCUGUGCUGCCACAUGAUGUGGCACCAAGUCUGCUGGGCAUAAAGCUUAAACACAGGUCAAGGUCGCAAUACUCCCUGCUGCUGUUAAAAGCAAAUUCUGAGGUGUAGGGGUGUAUCCUUGGGCACCUUCAGCACUUAAGCUACAGGGGAGCAGAAGUUCCAGUUAGGUGAUUUGUUGAUUGAAUUCCAGAGCUCCUGCUGAGAGGUUGGUUCUUUGAAACAAACAAAACCGGGAGACAUAGGCGGUUCCAUGUAAUUUACACCCGAGGUGCACUUUUCCCCUGUACUAACCAAACCCAACUCUUAACUCCUAGGGUCUGCCACCAAGUUGCUUCUGUGUGUCAGAGGGAUGAGAAACACCAUGUGGGAGCUGCCAAAGUUAGUGUGAAGAUCCUGCUGAUGUUGAUGCAAGCUUGCUCCAAAGAACUGCACAGCUGUUCCAGACAAAGAAAGAACCAUCCCUAGCAUGUUUAUUGCAGUUUUUUGAAUUAAACAUUCAUUUUGACUUGCUA